UGAAACUUAACUUCGUAACUCACGUGUCCUAUAUAAGUACAAGAACUGUAGUUGUAAAGAUAUGGUCCAUUCUCGGGAAAGAAUCCAUUGCAGUGAUCUCACAUUGAGAAAGUAAGUGACCGGGAGAAAACUCUGUUUUUGUAGCAAACUGAACUCCAUUUGAAGAAGAAGAAGAAGAAGAAAAGAGAAGAAAGAUUGAGAUGGAUCCUGUUGUUGUCCAACAUGCGGAAAUGAGUACUAAAACUAAUGGUACUUGUUGUAGUAAUAAGAAAGGACCUGGUUAUGCAACUCCAAUUGAAGCUGUGUCUGGUCCUAAAGAAUCUCUGCUCUAUGUUACUUGUGUUUACUCAGGAACAGGAAUAGAGAAGCCCGAUUACUUGGCUACAAUAGAUGUUGAUCCAAGCUCGCCAAGCUAUUCGAAAGUGAUCCAUAGGAUGCCUGUUCCUCAUGUGGGUGACGAAUUGCAUCAUUCUGGGUGGAAUUCAUGUAGCUCUUGCCAUGGAGAUCCAUCCGCCAGCCGCCGUUUCCUCAUUUUACCGUCACUGUUGUCUGGUCGUAUAUAUGUGGUUGACACAAAGGAUCCAAAGGCUCCUAGUGUGCACAAGGUUGUUCAGUCAGAAGAAAUUGUCCAAAAGACUGGAUUAGCAUAUCCACAUACUUCUCACUGCCUUGCCUCUGGUGAUAUCAUGGUCUCAUGCCUUGGAGAUAAAGAUGGAAAUGCUGAGGGAAAUGGGUUUCUUCUUCUUGAUUCAGAAUUCAACGUUAAGGGAAGGUGGGAAAAACCAGGACACAGUCCUCUUUUUGGUUAUGACUACUGGUACCAACCACGACAUAAUACCAUGAUCAGUACAUCUUGGGGAGCUCCAUUGGCUUUCACAAAGGGCUUUAACCCUCAGCACGUAUCUGAUGGUCUGUAUGGAAGACACAUAUACGUCUACAGCUGGCCUGGAGGUGAACUUAAACAAACACUGGAUCUUGGCAACACAGGGCUGAUUCCCUUAGAGAUUAGGUUCCUUCAUGAACCUUCAAAAGAUACAGGGUAUGUUGGGUGUGCAUUAUCUAGCAACAUGGUGAGGUUUUUUAAGGAUCCCAAUGAUUCCUGGAGCCAUGAGGUUUCCAUCUCAGUGAAACCAUUGAAGGUGAAAAACUGGAUUCUUGCUGAAAUGCCAGGACUUAUCACUGAUUUUCUUAUCUCUCUCGAUGAUCGUUACAUGUACUUUGUUAAUUGGCUUCAUGGAGAUGUUAGGCAAUAUAACAUUGAGGACCCCAAGAAUCCUGUUUUAAAAGGACAACUUUGGGUUGGUACACUGCUUAAAAAGGGAAGCCAGGUUGUGGCAGAAGAUGAAAAUGGGAACGACUGGCAGUGUGAUGUUCCUGAGGUUCAGGGUAAGCAACUGAGGGGAGGCCCUCAAAUGAUCCAGUUAAGUUUAGAUGGAAAACGGCUUUAUGUGACAAAUUCUCUCUUCAGCAGUUGGGACAAACAAUUUUAUCCAGAGCUCAUGCAGAAAGGUUCUCACAUGCUACAAAUCGAUGUUGACACUGAGAAAGGAGGUUUAGCGAUAAACCCCAACUUUUUUGUCGAUUUUGAAUCUGAACCUGAAGGUCCUUCACUGGCUCAUGAAAUGCGGUAUCCUGGUGGUGAUUGCACUUCGGACAUUUGGGUCUAAACCAUGAACUUCUCAUAUCAAAAAAUAAAUGAGGUCAACUUUGUCAAUUGUCAGAAUAAGCAGCCCCACAAGAUUUAUUUAAAUUUGUAGCUCUGUAUCAUCAAGUUACAUGUUCUGUUGGCAAGUGAAAUACUGUAUCCUGGAUACUUGUUAUGAAUAAAAUUGAUCUGAAUCUUUGCUCCA